AUGGAUGUUGACAUCCCCCCAGCGCUCGAAUUUUGCCAGGAUGAGGAUGAAUCAGAUGAGGCUUUCGAGGAGUUGAUUAACCUUGCAUUCAUCAAGCGAGACCCGACAAAUGACACAAUGAGCAUCCAUCGUCUAGUCCAGGCUGAGUACAAGUCCCAGCUCAGUCCUGAAAAGUUCCAGGAGGCCUUCGAUGCGGCAGCACUGCUGCUAUAUGAGGCUUUUCCAAAACAACUGAAGGGUGAGCUAUUUGGGGACAGAAUGCCAACAUGCACAAAAUUCAUUCUGCACGUUUACAGUCUCCGUGACAACUCGAAUAUAAUGUGGAGUGAAGGAGAUGGAAAAGGCCUCAUCCCCUCCGUUGAGUAUGUCAAGCUUAUGACGAAUGCCGCUUGGUAUUGUGCCGAGAGACAAGGUCAUCAUGAUCUCGAGGCUACACUUGAUAAUUCAUUCACCGCCAUGAAAUCAAACGGAAUGAAGGAGACGCAUCCUUUGCUCUGGGCUCACCUAUGCAACUCAGCAGGUCGCCUCUGGACUCAAAGGGGAGAAUUCCAAAUGGGUGAGAGAUACAUGCAGGAAUGUCUUUCUAUUCGUGAGCGCGAACUGCAGCCAGGUGAUGAAAACAUUGCAGGUGUCUUGAGUAAUUUAGGUAAACUCAACGUGUCAAUGGCUCACUAUGAACAAGCAGUGGAAUAUCAAACUAGAGCUCUCAAUUCGGGUGUGAUUGAUGGGUUGAACAUAAUAUCCACACGUGCACAAGCGGUCAUCAUGACCAACACUGGUCGUGCCUUGACGGAGCUUGGGAGAACAACUGAGGCACUGGAGUGGUUUAAAAAAUCCGAAAGCAUCUAUCCAUCGUCAAGGAAUUCACCAUUGUGA